UUCGAACCUGCGCGGGCAGAGCCCACAUGAUUUCUAGUCAUGCCCGAUAACCACUCCGGCAUGCCCACCAUUUUGAUCAUAUUUUCCAUAUUUUGAAGUAAAAAGUUGGAAAUUCCCUUUUUGACAUCGGUUAAUCUUUUUCUUUCCAUGUUUUAUGUGGAUGGCUGUUGGUAGGCUGUAAAGUCUCAAAGUUUCAGGCUUUUCAGUUCAGUUCUUCCGCAAACAAAGAGAGAGAGAGUCCUUUAACUUUAUGAUUUCAUAUAUGUGAAGUGAACAAUUGACAACAUGGCUUCCACAUUGUUUAGAACUAUUCAAAUCCACCCAUUUUUGCUCUACCCAACUGCAUUAUUUAGCAGAAGGAAUGGUGUUCUUUACUGCACAAUGAAGAGUAGUCAAACUCAAACAGCUACACAAGAAAAGCAGCAGCCUCCCAAAGUCAAAGUUCCACAACAUGCCCUGAAAAAAACAGUUGAUAAGAUCACAAGAGACUAUGAGGCAAUCAUUGGAAUAGAGACACAUGUCCAGCUUUCAACUCUCACCAAGGCCUUUUGUAGCUGUCCUUACAAUUAUGGAUCCCAACCAAAUACCAAUAUCUGUCCCAUUUGCAUGGGAUUGCCUGGUGCCUUGCCAGUUUUAAACUCGAAAGUGAUUGAAUUCGCUGUUAAAUUGGGUCUUGCACUUAAUUGUAAGCUAUCUCUAAACUCGAAGUUUGAUAGGAAGCAGUACUUCUAUCCAGACCUUCCAAAGGGUUACCAAAUAUCUCAGUUUGAUAUCCCAAUUGCAACUGGUGGUUACGUUGAUUUGGAUCUCCCUCUUGAGUUCGGUGGUGGCCAUAGGAAGUUUGGUACUACCAGGGUUCACAUGGAGGAAGAUGCAGGGAAGCUGCUUCAUUCUGGAAAUGGGGAUUAUUCACAGGUUGAUCUAAAUAGAGCAGGGGUACCUUUGCUUGAGAUUGUUUCUGAACCUGAUAUGAGAACUGGGAUUGAAGCUGCUGAAUAUGCUGCAGAGUUACAGAGGGUGGUUCGAUACUUGGGAAUUAGUAAUGGAAAUAUGCAAGAAGGCUCACUUCGCUGUGAUGUAAAUGUAUCAAUUCGACCAGUUGGACAAUCAGAGUUUGGAACAAAGGUUGAAAUAAAAAAUUUGAACUCAUUUUCAUCAAUUAAUAGGGCAAUUGAUUUUGAGAUAUCAAGGCAGGCACUGCUCCAUAGUCAAGGCCAAAGUGAUCAGAUUGUGCAGGAAACUCGUCUAUGGGAAGAAGGUGCUCAGAAAACAGUUACAAUGAGGAAGAAGGAAGGACUUUCUGAUUAUCGAUAUUUCCCUGAACCAGACCUCCCUGAAGUUAUUCUCACUCAGGAAUAUGUUGAUAGCAUUAGCAACUCUUUGCCAGAACUUCCAGAAGCGAAGCGUCGUAGGUAUGAAAAGAUGGGGCUGAGCAUGCAGGAUGUUCUUUUCCUGGCAAAUGACAUGAAUGUUGCAGAAUAUUUUGAUGAAACUCUUUCAAGUGGUGCCGACAUAAAGCUGGCUGCCAACUGGAUCAUGGGUGAUAUUGCUGCCUAUAUGAAGAACGAAAAGCUGUCCAUUAAUGAUAUCAAACUUACACCACAAGAGCUAGCCGAGCUGAUAGCUUCCAUUAAAAGUGGGACAAUCAGUGGAAAGAUUGGAAAAGAGAUACUAUCUGAGCUUCUAGCCAAAGGUGGAACUGUGAAGGGACUCAUAGAAGAGAAGGAUCUCAUUCAGAUAGCUGAUCCUGUUGAGAUCGGGAAAAUGAUAGAUAAAGUGAUUUCUGAGAAUCCAAAACAGCUAGAACAAUAUCGUAGUGGGAAAACUAAGCUGCAGGGCUUUUUUGCCGGCCAAGUAAUGAAACUAUCAAAAGGCAAAGCAAACCCUGGCCUGUUGAACAAAAUCCUUUUGGAGAAAUUAAAUGGCCAAAGCUGAUUGUAUCUUAGUACUUUUGUCUGAAACAUAUUCGAGAGUGUGAUCCUCGUAAUAUAUGAAAAAAUUUAGAAAAUGUUGAGCAUAUCCGUGCGGGGCACAUACUAAUAUCCGACAUUCACAUGGUAGCAGCCAAAUCUGUCCUGCUUGUUGAUACAGCUACAGCAAACUGCAAGGUGAAGGAACAUAUUGAAGUCUGAAUCCUUUGCUGAGUUUUCAAAUAUUGAGUUCAUAUAAUACUUUGCACCAUUUUGUAGAUCAAAUCAUCCUUUCUUUUAUAUAAGAAUUAUGCAUCAAUUGAAAGGAACAAA